UCUCGGGCUGGAUCCAUGACCGAUAACCACUCAUUUGGCAUUAGUCACAAGCCAUUAAGUUCCCCUUGGCAAAACCGACUGGCAACAUGUCUUCUUCAUCAGCUCCUAUCCGUCUGGCUAUGCCGGCAGAUCUACGACGCUUUACCUGCUUUGCCAAGUUCCCGUUUGACGUCCGCCAUCAGAUUUGGGAAGAUAUUAUUUACACUCCUGGCAUCCAUUUCCUCAAGUUUGAGGAGAACGAUGACGGCUCAGAUGUAGUCCAUGAUUUUAACCCUAUGGGUCCCCAAUACGCACAGAAGACUGAGGGAGACGCAAAGAAGUCCGAGUUCACUAGCACUCUCAAGCCUGUAUUCCCUUUCCCAGCAGCCGACAAGUCAUACUACCUCACCAUGAACAAGACUUUCACUCAGCUAUCCCUGGCCUGCAACGAAGCGAAGAAGCUGGUUGAAAAUCUGAUCGAGCGUCCGGGAAACCUAACUCUGGAUAACGGUCGCCUGGUUCACCUAGAGAGAUCUUCUGAUAUCGUAUGCUUCGAUUACCCUGGCGCCACAUGGUCACGAUCUUUAGGUUCCUGGGCUGAACGUCUGGAUAAAGACCAACUGGCCAAGGUUCGUCGCGUCGCUAUUCGUUACAGUACGAGGUGGGACGAUGAAUGUCGCGUUUGUCGUACUUGCGGCAUAAUCCAUACGUAUCACCGCGAUCAUGGAACCAUGCGUCCUCGACACGCGUAUGAGUUUGCUGCUCUAUUCAAGAAUCUCGAGUCUUUCUACUUCAUGGACUGCCUAGCAGUCCGCAAGCAACGCGAUAAGUCUAAGCCGGCUUCGUGCAUUUUUGCAAAACGGGUAUAUGGAGAUAAAGGGGAGAGCUUUGCCAGUGGAGAGGGAGGACGCACAUACUACGAAGUUGACCCGCAGCUCUGCAAAGUUAACACACACGUUUUCCGCACCCUUUCGUGGGUCCGCGAGAAUUACAUCGCUCACUGUCAGAAAUAUUCCAAGGGUUCUGCAGAUCCGAAGAAAGUCAAGUUCAAGGUCCUGACUUGCGAAUGGGACACGGAAGAGCUAGUCCCCACGAAGCAACAAGAGCCAGUACCUAGCCGAGUUGUCUCCGCCUACAAGCGUCAGAAGACGCGAGUUCAGAACCUUACGGAUAGCUUCAAGAAGAUGAGCCUCGGUGACGCACCUGAUCCCAGCGCUAAGUCGUACAGCGGACUUCCUGUGGUCUUUGGCGAUGGUGGCAAGUCGAAGUUCGACUUCACUGUGAGGGUGCCCUUUCCGACGCUACACGCAUAGCAUCAUAACAUUUUUGGUGCCGUUUAUAUCAUUAUUCACCCUCGAGAGGGUCCUAGGCGAUAAAUUUCAAGAGCACGGCGUACCGGAUCCUAACGAAUACCCUUAUUUCCUCUGUUUACCUCUUUUUAUGUUCAGGUGUUGAUACCCAAUUGUUGCAGGCGUUAGUGGUUACAACCAGGGUUCCAGGAAGGGAAAUGAUAAUUCUCAUAAAACCAUCUUGCGAACAGCAAGUAAUCGACGGAAGAUCAACGUCCGAGCUUUAGAGGCUUUGCUUGCUCUGAAUUUUACAUUAAGGGGGAAAUGGUCAAGUCUUUAGUACUUGAUACUGUCCUUGUGCUAGCCAUACAAAUACCUAUAAUACCUACAUCACAU